UGUGUGUGCUAACAUGAUGAUGAUGCUGGGUUUAGGGUAUGUUUGAUCUGGAUUUGAUGAUGUUCCAAAGUAUAUUUGAUAAACUCUUUGUUGUUUGUUGUUGUUAUGGACAGAAGAGGAUUGAAUGGGUUCGGAUUACUCGUGUAGAGUUUUUGUGUUGUUGCUUGCGCUGCUGGGGUGUACCGUGGCGUUCCUCCUAACCUACCCUACCCUAAAACAUCCUACUCAUAUUAUCACCCGUUCGAACUCAGGCAGUUCCCCAAUUGAAUUGAAAUUUCUUGGUCAUGCGGAACAUUCAUAUCCUGCUUCCAGGUUCAUUCUCUUCAGUGUAUCGGUAAGUGGGUGUUAUGCUUCUUCUUGGUUUUGGUCUUGGUUUGUUUCUUCGGUGGGGUUUUGGGUUCAGGGUAUACAUUUACUAUGCACAUACGUUACUUUUCUUGGGAUGUGGAUGGAUGGAACGAUACUGGCUUCUUAGGAUGUGGAUGGAUGGAUGGCUGGAUGGGAUUAUCUGAAGCAGACAAGUGGGUUUUUGACUCGUUCGACCACUCUUACCUACCUUUCGAUUGCUACAGCCUACGCUUUUCUUACCUACCUUUCGAUUGCUAC